UUGCCUCAGUGGUAACCAAGAAGUAAGGGAGUAAAAAAUUCAGCCUAGACUAACUCUUUAUGGGUUAGAUAGUCUACACCUAAAGAAGAAAAAGAAAAAUGAAGCUGGCUGUGCUUAUACUACUAGGCGUGUGUUGCUUCCACCAAACAUCUGGAGCAAUCCAUUCCUUGAAAUACUUCCUCACAGCUUCCCAUGAAGUAUCCAACUUUCCGGAGUUUGUAACUGUUGGGAAGGUGGAUGAGGUUCAGUUUUAUCGAUAUGACAGUAUCCGUAAGCGAGGAGCAGGACUGGACUGGAUUAGUAAAGACCCUCAGUACUGGGAACAUGAGACUGCAACAUCCCGGGACACAGAAGAGAGCUUCAAAAACAAUGUCGCCGUAGCGAUGAGUCGAUUUAACCAAACUGGUGGUGUGCACACUGUCCAGAAUAUGUAUGGCUGUCAGUGGAAUGAUGAGAGUGGCGUUACAGAUGGAUUUGAUCAGUGGGGUUAUGAUGGCGAAGACUACGUCACUCUGGAUCUGAAGAAUGUGCAGUACAUUGCUGUAACACCACAGGCUCUCAUCGCAAAGCAUCAGUUAGAGAAUGACAGAGCUAGGAUGGAAUAUGAUAAAAACUACUUCACCCAGCAGUGCAUUGAGUGGCUGAAGGAUUAUCUGCAGGAUGGGAGCAGUAUUCUGAAGAGGAAAGUCCCCCCUGAGGCCAGUCUCCUGCAAAAGGAGUCUGGAGUUAUAUGCCAUGCCACAGGUUUCUACCCUGAGGGCGUGAUGAUCACCUGGAAGAGAGAUGGAGAGGAGAUGCUGGAUGAUGUGGAUGUGGGGGAGACACUGCCCAAUGAGGAUGGAACCUUCCAGAAGAGAGUUGUGCUCACUGUGUCACCUGAAGAGUUGGAGAACAGGGAGUACACCUGUGAGGUGGCUCACAAGAGUGGAGAGACCAUCAUCUUGGUUGAAUCUGAGAUACAGCGCUACAACCUAGAAUCAUCUGUUCCUCUCGGUGCCAUCAUUGGUGUGGUUGUUGUGCUCAUUGUCUUGAUUGCCAUUGUCUUGAUUGCUGGGUUUGUGCUGAGAAAGAAAGAGAAGGGUGGCUUUAUUCGUGCUAACACUGCUGACAGCCAGUCCCAGUUCUCAAAUGAAAAAGCGAGAUGAAGGGCAGAUGGCAAAAGUAAAAUGUUUUUGAUCUGCUGAUCAACAUCCAAAUCUUCAAAAACAUUUAAAAAAAACAACUGCUGUACAGUUGCUAUACAAAAAGAUACUGGUAUUUACCAUUUAUGUGGGAUGUGGUAUAAUUUCUUUCCUCAGAUGUGAAUUUGCUGAUCUGCACCUGAUCAAGCCCUGAUUAUUAAUAUACAAAUUCUUUGUCAUGUAGUAGUUCAUCAUUCUGGAUUUUGAUCAAUGUAAAUGUAAGUUUUUGCUAUUUGCUUUAAGCUUCUAAUCAUUACCAAAUUGCAUAAUGCAAAUUACUAUGGGACAUUUUGGCGGUUUCUGUUUGACUCUUGCUAGUUCACAUCAUGUGAAUUAUUUCUGAUUUGUUCACUGACUUGGUUUAUAAAGAUAAUUAAAGAAAGACGUGUCCUAAAAAAAG